UACAGACAUGACACCUACAAUCAUCUCAAAGGAGCAUCUCCCUCUCAACAACAAGUGGAGAAAGCCAAUAGUGGAGAAGAUGCGCAGAGAACGUAUCAACAGCAGCAUUGAGCAGCUCAAGUGUCUUCUGGCUCCAGAGUUCCUCAACCAGCAGUCUGAUUCCAAGCUGGAGAAAGCAGAUAUCCUGGAGAUGACAGUCAGUUUCCUGAGACACCAGCAGUCUGUUCUAGACUCCAGUUCACAUGCUGUCAAUCAAGGCUUCUCCAGGUGUGUCCAUGAGAUUGUGCACUUCCUGUCCAAAGAUGAGAUGAAGACACAGAGCCAGAGAAGACUGCUGAAACACUUCCAGAACCUGCAGACAUCAUGUGAGCAGAACAGGAGGGAAAGUGUCCUGUCUCAGCUGAUCUCCUCAGACCAGAACACCUUCAGUAAAGAGAUGAAUGUCAACAAGAGCAUCAUCUGGAGACCUUGGUAGAACCUGACAUGAACUGAUCAUGUUUGAAUGCACAAAACAAUUAUGUGUCUCGAUUUGAGAAAAAGUGUUGAACCAGUUCCACUAUGGAAAAGAUUUUUGUACUGAUAAGUACUGAUGAUUUUAUCUUCUAUGAAGACUUCAUGUAAAGAGGUCCAGAUGGGAAAAUAUACGGACGUCUAUAUUAGACAACAUUGACUUUUACAUUAGAUCCAUUUAACAGUUUUCUUUACUGUAUUAUUGUCCUGUCUCAGGACUGAAAGAGAUUGAUUUGUUAAGAGUGUCUCUUGAGGUUUUGGCAGAAUCUCAUAUAGGGGACAUUCUUUUAUGUAUUUUUAAGUACUUGUUUCUGUCUUCAAUGAAGACUUUCUAUCAUGAUCACGGCCACAUGAUUUUAAUGAUUAAACCUUUAAUUCAUUUUGAUUAAAAAAUGUUUUUAUUCUGAUUUUGCUUUUAUGAAAGCAAUGUUAUAGUUUUGACCUUUCUUUUUCAUUACUUGAAACACUAAUGUAUAUCAAAUAUUGAUAUUGUAUUUGUAUUAAUUAUCAUUAUUGUCAUAUUGAGAGAUGGUGGUUUAAUCAUAAACUCUGCAAUACUUCUGUGUUGAUUAUGUAAAUGUGUCUUUUGAGAAGACUGUUGAACGAUGUUAAAAUUCUGCUCUAUUAAGAGUACAAUGUGU